CGCUCCCCGGGUCAGGCAGCUGGAGCAGAGUUGGGGUGAGACCGGUGAGGUGAGACUUUAAGCUCUUACCCUCUGCACCUCCAGGAUUAUUGACACACACUGGCCCUCCUAUCAUGGUGUCCCUGGCAAACACGAAUGUGACCUUCAGCUGCAGAAACGAGGACUUCACAGGACUCUCUUUGCCUGUUAACUUCUUUCAUACGAAUAUCCAUGGCAGAAGACUCUGGGAGAAGCGGAUUAACUGCCAACACAGACCUGGCACGGAGAACCAUACCACGGAUUGCAUGGUUGAACUCAGCCUGCCAAACUCAUCAGCCACAGGCACUUACUACUGCAUAGUCAGAGGACCUGAAACAUAUCAGAGCGAUGGCGUCUUCAUUCUGGUCAGAGACACAGUGUACCAGCCACCAUCAUUCAAGGUCCAGGAGGCGCUGCUGCUUGGCUUUACCAGCCUGAUGAGUGUCCUGGGCGUGCUGGGUACAGCAUUACUGCUUUGGAAGAAGAAACAGAUAUCAGUUCUGGGCAAGCACACUGCUAAGACAUGUCCUGGUCUCAAAUCCACCGUUGGAACCACAAAGCCUCCAGCAGAAUCCGUCUACACGUCCCUCCAGCGUCGAGAGACAGAGGUCUACGCCUGUAUGGGGGAAGAGACUGGCAGCCCUGUCUCCAGCCAGAGCCCAGCUACCAAGGAGAAGCUGAAUAGAUUUGAGGAUGACAACGAGUUUAACCUCGUCUAUGAAAAUCUCUAGGAAAAGUUCUACAGGCUCCGAGCCUUGUCUUGGGUUAGGACCCCAGAGCCACAGCUCUUGUCUAAGGACCUGCUUUGGGUCAGGAAUAGGGCCUUCAGGACAGGCCAUCAUCACCUGCACACUGCACAGUAGGGCUCUCCCCGUCUUGGUCUGGUCUACUCUCAUAUUCUGCAUCCCAGCCUGAACCGUUAAUGUCUCUGGGAUUUUGCUCAGGCUGUUCUCUCUCCGUCAGGAAAGCCAUUUCUCCCCUGGCUAUUCCUUCAUGGGCAAAGUGGUCCUCAGUCCCACAGGGCUCUCAUGGAUAGCAUCUCUUUCCUCUUUGCCCCUUACUGCCACCCCUGCAGAGCUGUGUAUGUGGCUGUCAUUGCAUUGGCCUCCAUUUUGGUCCCCAGGCAGACUUGGGCCUGGGAGGACAUAGCAGGACCCCUGUGAGGGCUCUGCCUGGCCACUGAACCACUCCAGCUCCUCAGCUGGCCCAGAGGCUUGUACAGGGUGGGCACAUGCUGAGUGGACUGGCUAAGGAGAGAUGGAGAAUGGGCAUCAAAGAACUGCACCAAAGCUGGCUGGGCUGAGGGCCAGAUAUGGAGGCUGUGGAUAUACCAAGCGGAGAUGAGCCAAGACCAGGUGCAGGGAGGUUCCAUACAUGCUGGUGAGAUAGGAGAAUCUCAGAGUGUCCCUCCCGCAACGAGAACCCUGAGCUAGUUUCCCAUCAGCCUAUGUGGGCACACACCUCACCAUACCUCACCCUAAGCUCUACGGGCCCCCGUACCUUAUUCUAUUCUUAGACCCAGUUCCCCCAGUUCCUCUUUGUGGCCUACUCUGAACCCAUCAGCUGCGGCUUCAUGCCCUUUUCCUCUGUCUUUAUUAAUUUGCUUUUGGCCCAUCUCGCCUCCCCUAAAGACAGAGAGCAGGUGGACCAAAGUUCCCCAAUGCCUCGCAGCCUUUCUGGCCCUCCAGGAACUCAUUCAGGGGACCCCCUCAUUCACUCUCCAGAUACCCCUAUAAAUAGGGAAGCUGUCUCCUUCAAAGACAGGGACUGAAGGGGUCCUCUCCUACCUUACUCCCCUCCUCUUAGCCUGCUUUUCCUUCGGCCUUCCCAGAGCUUCCAGUUUAGCUGUGGAAGAUAGGCCAAUCUACCUCCCCUAUCCCAGGCUGCUUCCAAAGUUCCCGAGAUGCUCUCAUCUGGAAUCCGCAUGCCUGGCCCUCGGGCAGCAGAGGGGUAAGAGGAAGGCACCGAUGCUUCAGAAGACGAUGUCCAGAAGCUCCCUGUCCUGUCCUUGGACAGUGGCGCCAGGCUUUUCUGGGACCAGUGGGUGGCUUGUCACCUACAAGCCUACAAGCUCUCCUCUCGAACAUCCAACAAGCAGAGCUCCUCAGAGGCUGCCGGGAUGAAUGAAGGCCGUGCUCCUGGAGGCUGGCUUGAUGAAUUCCUGGUCUGGGAGGACGGGGAACUGCUUGGCACAGAGCUGCCUCCAGGCUCCUGGCUCCAGUGGUCUGAGAUGAAGCUUAGCUUAGCGCUGGGGUGAGAAUCUCGGCCAGCAAGAACUUGCCUGUUGCCUCUCCUACCUUCUGAGCUUUAGAUCCAGUCUCUGAAUGACCUGGCUGGGACUCAGGUUUCUUUUAACCCUUUCCAGGAGAGUGAGGGAAGCCAGAUGGGACUUCAUGUUGUGCCCUGGCUCAGGACGAGGCACGCAGGUCUCCCAGCAGCCAUCCCAUUUGUUCCCACUGCCUCUUCCCCACAAAGCAGCCGGAGGACUGAUGAAACCUGCUUUGUCUUGUCCCUUUCCCAUGAAAAAAAGCCUUUCGUGGUUUCUACUUUACUUGGAAUAAAAAUCUCAGCUCCUUGCUGUGGCCUAGAAGGCCCAGGAAG